AUGUUUGCCUUCUUUCGGUCGAAAGAAGCCAGGCAAAGAAGGAAAGAAGAGAAGCGAGUGGUGAAGCAACAGGCGGAAGAUCGAAAGCGUCAGCAAGCGGCUGUUGCCGCGGCCAGACCAACUUACAUUCCGUACUAUACCCCUCCCUCCACACCGGGCCCGUCGACCACCCGGGCUCGUAGCAACUACUAUGCCGGAACUAGCAGUAGCUACUACGACUCAGGAGCUAGUGGUACGACCCAUCACCAUUCCGGUGGCCAUCAUUCGGGCAGUGGUGGCUGCGGUUCAGGUGGUGGAAGUGGUGGAAGUUACGGCGGCGAUUCGGGAGGUGGAAGUAGCGGUGGCGAUGGAGGUGGAGGCGGCGGCGGCGGCGGUGAUGGAGGUGGCUGUUAA